AUGCACAUGGAGUGGCGGUUAAAGGAGCAAAUCUCUUUUCUAUGCAUGGAGAAGCUACCCGAAGACGCAGAGACACUACCGCCUUUUCUCAAGGGCGAGAGAAAGGAGGGUGGCGGCACUGAAUGUGCUGCAGCCUUGAUGGGGUGAUGAAGAACGGCGGUAUCGAUUCGGCGGUGAACAGCAUUCGGCCUCGAAGCAGCGAAGCCGACUUCAGCUUCUGCCUUGCCACGAUGGCCCCCGAACAGACCCACGCAGCCCAUUUCGUCCGCAACGUUGCCGGACAUCACACAUCACGUGGGUGCGCCAAAGGUGGGUGCGUAUGUGUUGUCGGACAUCCUCGAGGGCAAGCCCACGGCCAAGGGCAGCCCCUACCCGUCCACCUCAUCCAUCAGCACGGACGCCCCCCACAUGCCCACGGGUGAUAUCGACGACAUCGAAGUGCCCUUCAGCAAGGCCAAAACCAGCUCCUGGUUGAGCAUCGUGUCCAUCCAGAAGCUCAUCAUGUCGGUCAUCGGCAGCUGCAAGAUCGGCCCGGGUCCUGCCAAGAUCGACGAGCACGAGAUCAUCCUCUGA